AUGAGAGUGGUAGAUCGGGAUUCCAGAUCGUCAUAUGACAGGUACCAGCCUUACCCACUCGAUCGAAGGGGAAACGGGCGCAACAACAAAUCGGGAAAGAAUGAUAGGAGGAAUGAUCGAGGCCAAAGUAGCCGUGGAUUGAUAAAUAGAAAUGCUGUCGAUAGAGCCCCAGGAAACAGAGAAUCUCCAAGGUUAUCCGAGUAUAACUUUUGCAUCGAUGUAGCAACCACAGCAGCGGCCGUUAUCCGAAAUAAAGAAAUAAGGCAUCCAAGGCCAAUCCAAUCUGAUCCAGAGAAGCGGGAUAAAAGUCUUAUUUGUAAAUAUCAUCAUACUCACGGCCAUCGGACCGAGGAUUGUCGACAGCUGAGAGAGGAAGUCGCUCGUCUGUUCAAUUUAGGACAUCUUCGAGAAUUCCUAAGUGAACGAGAAAAAAUCCAUUUCAAGAACCUGGACUCCAACAAGCAGGAUAGGCCGGAAGAGCCUCAGCAAGUGAUAUACAUGUUCAUGGGAGGAACUGACGUUCCCAUCGGGCCGGUUGUGAAACGCACCAAAAUUUCCAUAACGAGGGAAAAGUGUAUCCGGAAUGAUGACCCCGAUGGUCCCAUCACGUUCAAUGACGAGGACAUGGAAGGCAUCGCCCAGCCGCAUAACGACGCACUGGUAAUAUCUAUCCUAGUCAAUAAAUUUAGUAUUAAACGUAUGCUAAUUGAUCCAGGUAGCUCGGCUAAUAUCAUCCGAUGGAGAGUCAUCGAACAGCUGGGACUACUAGAUCAGAUCGUGCCGGCAAUACGGGUCCUCAACGGAUUCAACAUAGCAUGCGAAACGACGAAGGGUGAGAUCACUUUACCAAUCAAUAUGGCAGGAAUUGCGCAGCAUAUAAAAUUUUAUGUGAUAGAGGGAGACAUGGGAUAUAGUGCAUUGCUGGGCAGACCGUGGAUUCACCUCAUGAGGGCGGUUCCCUCGACUAUGCAUCAGGUAUUGAAAUUCCCGACCCCAGAAGGUAUCAAAACCAUCUGUGGUGAAUAA